GGCCUCUCACUGUUGUGGCCUCUCCCGUUGCGGGGCACGGGCUCCGGACGCGCAGGCUCAGCGGCCACGGCUCACGGGCCCAGCCGCUCCGCGGCACGUGGGAUCCUCCCGGACCGGGGCACGAACCCGCGCCCCCUGCAUCGGCAGGCGGACUCUCAACCACUGCGCCACCAGGGAGGCCCAAAACAUGCAUUUUAAAAAAUUGCUGCCUAUUUACUCACAGGUGUCCUUACAGAAACAUACAUCACCAUGCUUUUUUCUGUGUUUCUUUUCAAAUUUAUGAUAAUUCAGUGGGUGUUUUACAUGUGGUGUAUAUAGUAUAUUUUCCUGGAAAAUAUAAAUUCUGAGUUAAUAGGUCUAAGAACAAAGAGAAAUCAUUUUCUUGAGGGUUUAAUUUUAUUGCAGGUGAAAUUCUCCCCCAGAGUUAGUAAAGCAUGCACCCUAACACACGCACAGAUACCCACUAACACCCUGACACACGUACCCGUUCAUAUGUGGCUGGCAAAUUUAUUUCAUCACAUAUGGAGAAGUGAGUGCAUGUUAACUGGAAAAAUAUAUUUUUUAAAAUACCCUUUUAAUAUGCCAAUGUUGUGAAUUAUAGAGAAGCAAAUAUAUGUUUUUAAAUUUUUUAAUUUUAAAAAACUGGUCAGUCCAGGUAAGAAACGUCAUUGCUUUAAAAACAAACAAAAAAAGUGUUAUUGAACAACAAGCACAUAUGCUAAAUUAAGUAGGACCUACAGAAAACCAAAUGCCACUCAAACAGUUUUAAGCCGCUCUUCUUAAAUAAUACAGCCCUUGGUGAACUUCAUAGAGAAGGAGUCGGAAGCUCUGCAUCCCUCCCAGGUGCUUUUAAUAUUUGGGAAAUCCUUAUUAGUAAUGUGCCCUGCUAUUUUCAGAGAGAAAACACAGUUUCUCUGAAUGACUGAGAAUCCAAAAAUGGGAAAACUUGUCAAAAAUUCCUCCCCCUCAAAAAAAGGAAGGAAGGAAGUAAAAAAAGGAAGGAAGAAGGGAGGGGGGAAGGAGGGAGGGAGGGAAGGGAGGAAAAAAGGGAGGAAAGAAGGAGGGAAGGAAGGGAAUGAUACCUAGGAAAAUAAGCAAGGCUGCUUCACUUAUUUGUAUCCUAAGUAGCAGUGUCACAGAACAGACAGGUUGUUUCAGCCAACCAGACGGGAGCAGCUGCGAGCGCUACAUCUUGGCAGUCCGAAGCGAUUGGCCCCUCUCUGGGGAGUGGAGGGUGUUCAGUUAUUAAUGACCGCUGAGCAGGCAGCACCAUGUCAGUGUGACAACUGAUCGGGUGAACGAUGCACCACCACUAACCACCAUGGAAACAAGGAGAAAUAAAGCCAGCUCCCAGGAUCUCUCUUCACUGGAUUGAGGGCUUCAGCCUGCCGACUGAAAGAGUUCCAGGAAAAAGAAGGAAUCCUAGCUGUAGCCUCCCGCCUUCGUUUACAUUUUAGAAUACAGAGAUAAGAUUGCUUGCAUGUGUGCAUAUCUAUAGUACACGUUUGUGUAUACUUUAGUACACACACGUAUGCACCUAUUUACACCCGGGCAAGAACACAACCACGUGAUUAUAGCAACUAAGGAACUGAGGAAUCCAGCACGCAGGGACACAGAAGGUGGUGUAGCACAGAAACCGCUUUUACAGGUUAGCAUCAUGCUGCUAUUCCUGCAAGUACUGAACAAGCAUGGGAUUUGAAUAUUACACUCUUAAAUAAAUGAAUUGCUUAAUUUCCUGUGACCAUCUAUACAUACUCCAUCUUCAAAAAGUAUAUCAAUAUUCUAUCAUAAAGGAGAUAGGAACCUUUUCUUCAAUAUGCAUGACAUUUCUGGACAAUGCAAUUGUGGCACUGGCACUUUUUUCCAUGAAGAAAAUCUUUGCAGUUCUAUGGCAUUCAUCAUUUGACAAAAGCAACUAUUUUCCUUAUCUAUCAACUCUUACUGAUCUUACUAGCAGUGACCGUGGAAUCCUUAAGGACCCGUUAAAUCUCUGAAGAAGAAAGCUAAGAUGAAGGACCUGCCACUCCGAAUUCAUGUGCUACUUGGCCUAGCUAUCACUACGCUAGUACAAGCUGUAGAUAAAAAAGCAGAUUGCCCACAAUUAUGUACAUGUGAAAUCCGGCCCUGGUUUACACCUAGAUCCAUUUAUAUGGAAGCAUCUACAGUGGAUUGUAAUGAUUUAGGUCUUUCAAAUUUCCCAGCCAGAUUGCCUGCUGACACACAGAUUCUGCUCCUACAGACUAACAAUAUUGCAAAAAUUGAAUACUCCAUAGACUUUCCAGUAAAUCUUACUGGCCUGGACUUAUCUCAAAACAAUUUAUCUUCAGUUACCAAUAUUAAUGUAAAAAAGAUGACUCAGCUUCUUUCUGUGUACCUAGAGGAAAACAAACUUACUGAGCUGCCUGAAAAAUGUCUGUCUAGACUUAGUAACUUACAAGAACUCUAUAUUAAUCACAACUUGCUUUCUACAAUUUCACCUGGAGCCUUUAUUGGCCUACAUAGUCUUCUUCGACUUCAUCUCAAUUCAAAUAGAUUGCAGAUGAUCAACAGUAAGUGGUUUGAGGCUCUUCCCAAACUGGAGAUUCUGAUGAUUGGGGAAAAUCCAAUCAUCAGAAUCAAAGACAUGAACUUUAAGCCUCUUAUCAAUCUUCGCAGCCUGGUUAUAGCUGGUAUAAACCUCACGGAAAUACCAGAUAAUGCCUUGGUUGGACUUGAAAACUUAGAAAGCAUCUCUUUUUAUGACAACAGGCUUAUUAAAGUGCCCCAUGUUGCUCUUCAAAAAGUGGUAAACCUCAAAUUUUUGGAUCUAAAUAAAAAUCCCAUUAAUAGAAUACAGAGGGGUGAUUUUAGCAAUAUGCUACACUUAAAAGAAUUGGGGAUAAACAAUAUGCCUGAGCUGAUUUCCAUCGACAGUCUUGCUGUGGAUAAUCUGCCAGAUUUAAGAAAAAUAGAAGCUACUAACAACCCCAGGUUGUCUUACAUUCACCCAAAUGCAUUUUUCAGACUACCCAAGCUGGAAUCACUCAUGCUUAACAGCAAUGCCCUUAGUGCCCUGUACCGCAGUACCAUUGAGUCUUUGCCAAACCUCAAGGAAAUCAGCAUACACAGCAAUCCCAUCAGGUGUGAUUGUGUCAUCCGUUGGAUUAAUAUGAACAAAACCAACAUUCGAUUUAUGGAGCCAGAUUCACUGUUUUGCGUGGACCCACCUGAAUUCCAAGGCCAGAAUGUUCGGCAGGUGCAUUUCAGGGAAAUGAUGGAAAUUUGUCUCCCUCUUAUAGCUCCCGAGAGUUUUCCUUCUAAUCUGGAUUUAGAAACUGGGAGCUAUGUUUCCUUACACUGCAGAGCUACUGCAGAGCCACAGCCUGAAAUCUCCUGGAUCAUACCUUCUGGUAAAAAACUCUUGCCUAAUACUCUGACAGACAAGUUCUAUGUCCAUUCUGAAGGCACACUAGAUAUAAGUGGCAUCACCCCAACAGAAGGGGGUUUAUAUACCUGUAUAGCAACUAACCUGGUUGGUGCUGACUUGAAGUCUAUUAUGAUCAAAGUGGAUGGCUCUUUUCCCCAGGAUAACAAUGGAUCCUUGAAUAUUAAAAUAAAAGAUGUUCAGGCCAACUCAGUUCUAGUGUCUUGGAAAGCAAGUUCUAAAAUUCUCAAAUCCAGUGUUAAGUGGACAGCCUUUGUCAAGACUCAAAAUUCCCAUGCUGCCCAAAGUGCUCGAAUACCAUCUGAUGUCAAGGUAUAUAAUCUUACUCAUCUGAACCCAUCAACUGAGUAUAAGAUUUGUGUUGAUAUCCCCACCAUCUAUCAAAAAAGCAGAAAACAAUGUGUAAAUGUCACCACAAAAGGUUUGCACCCUGAUCGAAAAGAGUAUGAUAAGAGUAACACCACAACAUUUAUGGCCUACCUUGGAGGCUUUCUGGGGAUUAUUGGUAUGAUAUGUCUUUUCAGCUGCCUCUCUCAAGAAGUGAACUGUGAUGGUGGACAUUACUAUGUGAGAAAUUACUUACAGAAACCAACCUUUGCAUUCAGUGAGCUUUAUCCUCCUCUGAUCAACCUCUGGGAAGCAGGCAAAGAAAAAGGUACAGCAUUGGAAGUAAAAGCAACUGUUAUAGGUGUACCAACAAACAUGUCCUAAAAACAACUAACUAAAUCUACUUCAAAGAAAACUCAAAACUGUGGUUGUACUUUAAAAAAGGCAGAGAAAUAUUACUUUGUAGAAGGAAGUUUAAGCUUCACCAAUGCUGCUCCUGACCAAUGGACAUAUGUACAAGUUCAGCAUUUUAAUUAACUGGCUUCAAAGGGUACUGUGGCAACCAAAUAAAACAAUUCCAUUUUCUAGAACUUUCAUGUAACUUUUAUGUCUGGACUACAGUUAAAGUGGACAAAAACAUUUCUGUAUUUUUUUUAAGUAUAUAAGAGUAGUUGAACUGAGCAAUACCUCCUCCUGUGUUGUAUUACACGUUAGCCACGAGUUUUCGCAGUGACCAGAUAAACUUGAAUUGACACGUGGUGUAAUAAAAUGGACAAAUUCUGUAGAGUAGACACAGUGAAUAUGUGGACCUCUUUUAUAAGGAAAAAUACAUUUUGGAUUAAAAU